UUGCCUUCUCUUUUCGCGUCUCGCAUUCUCCAGCAGAAACGUCAGAACGUGAUACACAUGGCGGCCGCAGUGAGAACAGCGGUAUUAGCAGCAUCAAAGGGAAUCUAUGCUCAAUGGGCUCCAGUUCUCCGGAGGCCAUUCUGUGUAUCUGCCAGUCUUCAACACCAGAUUACAAGCAACCAGGGUGAUGCUGCUCGAGCUGAUGGGGUUUUUAAGGUGACAAUGAUCCCUGGUGAUGGUGUGGGUCCAGAACUUAUGACUGCAGUGAAAGAAGUGUUUAAGGCAGGAGAUGUACCAGUGGAGUUUGAAGAGUUUCACCUUAGUGAAGUUCAGAACAUGGCAUCAGAUGAAAAGCUUGAAGAGGUUCUGAGCUCCAUGAAGAAAAACCGGGUUGCUCUCAAAGGCAAGAUCUAUACACCAAUGGAGUAUAAAGGAGAGUUGGCUUCUUUUGAAAUGAGACUCAGGCGAAAACUGGACCUGUUUGCGAAUGUGGUACAUGUCAACAGCCUACCUGGCUAUAAGACCCGCCAUAACAACUUGGACCUGGUGAUCAUUCGAGAACAGACAGAGGGGGAGUAUAGCUCCUUGGAACAUGAGAGUGUCACAGGAGUGAUUGAGUGUCUAAAGAUCAUCACCCGUGAAAAGUCCAGACGCAUUGCAAAGUUUGCCUUUGAUUAUGCUACCAAGAAAAGCCGGUCCAAGGUCACUGCUGUCCACAAAGCUAAUAUUAUGAAACUGGGUGAUGGCUUGUUCCUUCAGAGCUGUCAGGAAGUAGCCCAGCUGUAUCCAAAAAUAAAGUAUGAGACAAUGAUAAUUGACAACUGCUGUAUGCAGCUGGUCCAAAACCCAUAUCAAUUUGAUGUGCUGGUGAUGCCAAAUUUGUAUGGGAAUAUCAUAGAUAAUCUAGCUGCUGGUUUGGUGGGAGGUGCUGGUGUGGUCCCAGGAGAAAGCUACAGUGCAGAGUAUGCUGUUUUUGAAACGGGUGCUCGACAUCCCUUUGCUCAAGCUGUUGGGCGGAAUAUUGCCAAUCCUACAGCUAUGCUUUUGAGCUCUGCUAACAUGCUGCGGCAUCUCAACUUGGAGUAUCAUUCCAGUCUGAUCUCAGAGGCAGUAAGGAGGGUCAUUAAGUCUGGCAAGGUUCGGACUCGAGAUAUGGGUGGUUAUUGUACUACCAGUGACUUAGUCAAGUCUGUCAUUGAUAACCUGCACCCUCUACAUCAGCGCUAAGGACCCUGAGGGAUUUUCUCAAUUCAUGUCUGCUGUGCCUUCUGUCUUUCCAUCCUUUUUUUGUGUUGAAGGACAAAUCUACUGAUGCUGUUGGGAAAACAAGCUGCUGCUGGUGCAUCUGAACUUAUAACCUGACCAAGAAAUAGUGCCUUGCUUAUUCAUAAAAAUUUUUUUUUUUUUGCUAUGCUGCAGGUGAUUGUUUAUAUUAUCCUUUCUAAUUUUCCCAUGUCAUUGAGUGCUUUUUUCGGAAAUCAAACAGUAUUGCUUUGUUUGGACAAUUAAUGGCUCUAAUAUUAAAGUCAGUCAGGUCUUGAAAGCAUUCAAAGCCAUCACAGAAGGAAGAUUGAUGUAAUUCUGUUCUUCCUUUUAAAGGAAACACAUCUGUUGUAGUAUUUCAUAUGUAUAAGCAAGUGGACUAUAUAAUGAGCAGAGUAUAAGGAAGGAAAGCAGUUAAUUCAACGAGAUCAUUAGAAAUUAACCAUAUGGUAAAUUAUAGGCAGCUAUAUGGCAAAUAUUAAUAAAAUCCUUUAGCAUGAUUAAAUUAGAAGGUGAAGUUAAACUGAAGAAAAUUGUGAAAAUGCAAUUUUCAAAUAGUUGCAGGACCAUAAGGUUUGAUCAGUUUCUGAUGAAAAAUUCUCAGUAACGGAUCACAACAUUUUUCGUCAUGUUAAAAUACAAACAUUUUUUCUUGACACUGGCAUUUUACUUUCUAUUCUUUUUUUCCGUGUAACUGAUUUUUGUGGAAAAUAUAUCUAAAAUAAAUUAUUGCCAUCAUUGACCUUUCUUAAUAUUUAUGUAUGGUAUACCAGCAUUUCUCCUAAAUCCCCAGAGGUUAAUUGCAAGGCCAUUUUAGAAUUGCCAGUGGAGUGGCACCCACUCCAAGGUUAGUCUCUGCCUUUUCAUGCAGUGCUGCCAGUAUAUACUCUAGACCCCACAAACCUGAGUUUGAUUAAGCACCAUUGCUUAUUUUUCCAGUAGCUAUAACUAACACAAGGUAUUAUCUCUUUUGGCCCACGAAACAGCCAAAGGUUUUCGCUGAACUCUAGGGUUCCAUUGAACACAAUUUAAAAAACACUGACUUACGAGUAUACUGUACAUUUCCAGAGCAUCACCUACAAUGUCAAGCCAUACUGCACUUAGUGGUCCCUGCCCAUGACCACUGGCACUGAAAGGAACAUUUUAUAGCCAGUGUGCACUUCUUCUACCCUGUCACUUGCUUUAUAACCCAUAGUCUGUCCAUCCCCCAUGAAGUUCCAUGUCUGUUCCUGUCCUCUCUUCAAUUAAGCGUUAAACAAUUGAUGACUAGAAACCAAAAUGAAUCUGGUUUACAUAAACUUGUUCUGCAAUAGACUAGCACCCUGCCCAGGCCUGUUUUCUGCUUUGUACCCAGUGUUCCUGGAAUCGAUGCUUUGCUGCACUAAUAUAGUUGGAAUCAAAAAAGUGGGUGCAAGGAGUAUAACACUGUUAAAGCUGUACAUCUCUAAAAUGUAUGUCUGAACUAAAAUGGAUUUCAGGAAACAGUUGGGAAUUAAACUUUGGUUCCUAGGCCAUUAAGCAAUUGUGCCACAUACAGAUUUCUAGUUCUAGUUUGUUGGUUUUAUCCAGAUGAUUAUGUUGUAAACAGACAAUGGCCAACAAAUUACACCCUGCUUUACUACAAAGCAGAAAAUGCGGUUUAACCAGCUCCACAGUCAAGUUUAUACCGGUUGUGAAAUUGUUCCUCACAUGCACAGGUGUCAAGCAGGGAGUGCGACCUUGGUUUUCGGUCUCUGCAGUUGCUCGAGGUUCUCAGCUAAACCUGCUGUUAUUUUCAGGUUGAUACCCUUCUCAACAGGUUUUAUUCACUUUAUUUAGAUUUGCCUUUGUUAUUACUUGUUACUUGGUAAUGGUCAAACAUAAUAAAAAAGAUUUUUU